GAGGCGGCGGCGGCGGCGUCCGAGCGAGCGGCGGUGUUAAACAUUAAGUUGGCUUCUUAGAAAGCGAAAAUAAAUAAAUCAUGGCUUCCAGCAUGACUAACCCAGCUAACCAUUUGCCAUACUUCUUUGGCAAUAUUACACGUGAGGAAGCUGAGGAGUAUCUGAUGCAAGGAGGAGUGAGUGAUGGACUAUAUCUGCUUCGCCAAAGUCGGAAUUACCUUGGAGGCUUUGCCUUAUCCUUGGCCCAUGGAAGGAAGGUUCAUCAUUAUACAAUUGAGAGGGAGCUGAGUGGCACAUAUGCUAUUGCAGGAGGGAAGUCUCAUGCGAGUCCUGCUGAACUAAUUAACUAUCAUUCAGAGGAAGCAGAUGGCCUAAUCUGUCUACUGAGAAAACCUUUCAACCGACCACCAGGCAUUGAACCCAAAACAGGGCCCUUUGAAGAUUUAAAAGAGAACCUCAUCAGAGAGUACGUCAAACAAACCUGGAAUUUGCAGGGUCAUGCUCUUGAACAAGCUAUCAUAAGUCAAAAACCUCAGCUGGAGAAAUUGAUUGCUACUACAGCCCAUGAGAAGAUGCCUUGGUUCCAUGGGAGGAUUUCUCGGGAAGAAUCAGAGCACCGUAUCCUCAUUGGGUCAAGAAACAAUGGAAAAUUUUUAAUUCGAGAAAGGGACAGCAAUGGUUCCUAUGCCCUGUGUCUGCUCAACGAUGGAAAAGUACUGCAUUACCGUAUUGACAGAGAUAAGACAGGAAAGCUCUCCAUACCAGAUGGAAAAAGAUUUGACACCCUCUGGCAGUUAGUUGAGCAUUAUUCAUACAAACCAGAUGGAUUAUUAAGAGUUCUUACCAUUCCCUGUCCACGACUUGGCUUAGAAAGUGAUAAUGUUGUUUUUGACACUCGUCCCCUUCCUGGAACCCCUUCAAAGAGUUGGGCAAGAGGUGGAAUUAUCUCAAGACUCAAAUCGUACACCUUUCCAAAGGCUGGCAGCAAAAAGCUUCAGCCACCUAUUGGCUCCCCAUCUGAUGACCAAGCAGCUUUUAAUCCUUAUGUGCUACAAAGGACAAGAGGUCUUAUGGGAGCAGAGAAAGGUGAUCAGAGAGAGGCUUUACCCAUGGACACUGAGGUCUAUGAAAGUCCAUACGCUGAUCCAGAUGAAAUGAAACCAAAAAAUGUCACUCUUGACAGGAAAUUGUUAACCCUGGAGGAAGGAGAACUUGGCUCUGGCAAUUUUGGUACUGUAAAGAAAGGGUUCUAUAAGAUGAAAAAGGGUGCCAAGCCAGUGGCUGUAAAAAUUCUUAAGAAUGAGAGUAAUGAUCCAGCUGUAAAGGAUGAAUUACUGAGAGAAGCAAAUGUAAUGCAGCAACUGGAUAACCCAUAUAUUGUCCGAAUGAUAGGCAUAUGUGAAGCUGAGGCCUGGAUGUUAGUAAUGGAAAUGGCUGAACUUGGGCCACUGAACAAAUUUUUGCAAAAAAAUAGACAUGUCACGGAAAAGAAUAUAACAGAGCUGGUACAUCAGGUUUCCAUGGGGAUGAAAUACCUGGAGGAGAAUAACUUUGUGCAUAGGGAUCUGGCUGCAAGGAACGUGCUAUUAGUCACCCAACAUUAUGCCAAAAUCAGUGACUUUGGACUUUCCAAGGCUCUUAGCGCUGAUGAAAAUUAUUACAAGGCACAAAGUCAUGGAAAGUGGCCAGUCAAGUGGUAUGCUCCAGAAUGUAUGAAUUUCUACAAGUUUUCUAGCAAAAGUGAUGUCUGGAGCUUUGGGGUUUUAAUGUGGGAAGCUUUCUCUUAUGGGCAAAAACCAUAUAAGGGAAUGAAAGGUGGUGAAGUCGCACAGAUGAUUGAAAGAGGAGAACGAAUGGAACGUCCAGAAGCUUGUCCAACAGAAGUCUAUAACUUAAUGAAAUUGUGUUGGACAUACAAUGUUGAUGACCGACCAGGAUUCGUUGCAGUUGAGCUGAGAUUACGUAACUACUAUUACGACAUUUCCCACUAACAACAUGAAGAACAGCAGCUGCCUUGUCUUCAGCAAACGUCUUCUAAGAAGCAGUUCAGUUUCCAAAACCAAGUGACUUGGAUUUUGUACUUCCACUUUUACCAUAUAAAGCUCAGAGCUAAGCCCUGUGUGUAGGUUUGCCUUUUCUUUCUUGCUUGCAGAAUAGCAAGCUCCUAAAUAAAGUUGAAAACAUUGGGAACACAAAGUGAGCAGCACAAAUGUAAGUGCAGAUGCUUAGACUUUUGCUACCUUCCAUAAUUUUUUUACAGCUUUAUAUGCUUUACAUUUUUGUCAUGUAUAAGUAUUUAAAGUCUUUCAUCCCUCUUCCUGUAUUGUAUUUGAGUUCAGAUGGGGAUUUAAAUUCUUGUAAAUAAUUUUCUUAGCUCUUAAAUGGACAAGUAUUGUUACAGCUUUCCCCCUACCUAAGGAAGAAUAGCAUAAACACUUCUCACAGUGAAGGAAAUAUGCUGUGAAAGUGUCAGUCAUUUUGACUGACAGUGUGCUUGAUUUUACCCCCAAGCUGCUUUAUAACCAAAGUCUGUUCUCAGUAGUAAGGUAAGCAGCAAGAAACCGGGAGAUGAGAAUUUCUAAUGUGUAAAGAGGAAUCAUCAGCUCUUAACUUUUAAGUGUACACAACUCCUCUCUUUUCUCACCUCAUGUGGAAGCCCAGCUGUCCAUCAGGGUGUUAUUUUUUUCUUGGUGGAACCUGGGAACUCAGGGACUUGCUCUCACCUUUGGACAAAGUGUAUCAGCACCUUAGACAAUGACUCUGGGUUUUAGCCUGAAGUCCGUAAGUGUGGUUCCUGAAAAGGCAGCUGUGCACUGAAAGGUGAAGGAGCAGCAACUUUUUCCUUUGUGUGGUCUGAGCCUUCUCUAGACAUUCCAUGUUCCUCUUUGGAUAUACCAAAGCUUCUUAUGUUUUGUUGAGUGGCAACCAUUUCUUUUUUUCAAGCCUUUCUUGAAAAGCAUUUGUGAGAAUUUACCACAGCUUAUAACCUCUGAAACUAAGUUUCAGUCCCAGAUAAAAUAUUUUAAAAUAUGCUUAAAGAUAUCCAUUUUUCUUUCAUCCUCUCCUAAAUGUUACUAUUUAUCCUGUUACUAAUGCUAGUGAGCAUCUCAGGAAAAGGUGUUUGUUUUACCUUUUUUUUUUUUUUUGUAAUGGCCCAAGCAGGGUUUCCAGUACUGUGUAAGUAUAGCAAUGAUAAUUACAAAUUAUGUAACAAAUUUCUAUUCCCAUUUUUUACCUUUAUGUGUUUUUUGUCCAAUCUCAUUUUAAAUAUACUAGAAAUCAAAAUUUCUGCUUGUGUGUUCCCCACAAGCAGGCACAUUACAGGCACUUACAUGUAUCUCAGGAUUCUGCUAGAUAUAGAGAUUUUAGAAGAAUAUGAAAAAUAAGAUUUAGAGUUAGGUAUACUUGUUGAAUACAGCUGUUUAGAGCAUAUGUUUUUAGUUGUUUGAACAGGGUAUUCUUAGAGAUGCAGUGAUAUUUUUUCUCUAGGAAAGAAAUUGUGUGAGCAAUUACAAUGAGAAAGCAUGAAAUAAUUUGCAUAAAAUAUGACUAUAAAAAUGUGGGAUUUACUGUAAAACUGUUUGUUUCUUUAUACUCAUUUUAUGGUCUAUUUAAAAAAAAAAAAAAAAAAAAGCCUAGUUUUUUUUUGGUAGUUUUGUUUUGCAGAAUCCAGUGCUAGACACUUCAGAAAGCACAUGCUACUGCAAGAUACUGAGUGCAAUAGGCCAUGUUUCAAAUGUGAGUCAAACGUGACUUAUAUCCAAGAUAAUUUUUUUAUUAUUACUUUUAGAAAACAGUUUUUCAACAUGAACAGCUUGAGUAGAUGUUGCCCGUAGUUAUAUAUAGUUGUUUAUUAGCAUUAUCCCUAUUGCAAAGAAACUGUCAGCUUUACAUGUGCAAUUGGUACAUUCAUGGGGAUAUCAGUCAUAAAUCAAUUGCACAAAUCAAAACAAUUGCACAGCCAGUGAGUGACAGCACUCUAUUUCCCUGAAAUAUAUAUGUAUAUAUGUUUUUUAAAAUUUUACCUAGUAUUAGAAAACUGGAGGAAUAGUUCUUCCCCUCUCUUCUGAGUGAAUGUCUCUUUUGGUGUUGCUUGAUUGUUUUUAGUUUCACUGUUCUGUAAUAAAAGUUUACAAUAAGGAUAUGAAGUAUUUUGAAAUAACUGGAUUAGAUUUUUAAACUGAGAUUAAAGACAUUGUUUUAGAAAAUCUGCUGUUUUAACAAGAAUCCUUCAGAUUUAAAAUGCUUUCUGAAAAAUGCUGAUGAUGUGCAGAGCUUGUGUGUUUACUGAAUUACUGUGGUUGUUGUAGAAAACUGAGAUGCCCUUAUUGACACUGAAUGGUACCUGACAGGACAGAUAAACCCACUAAGGCCUGAGGCUGCUUUUGGGAUUAUUCAGGACUAGCAGGAAAAUCCCUCAAAAUAUGUAUGUUGUUAUUACACCUAAGCCUUCCCAAGAUACUGUAUUUCAGUGACACUGUGCGGCAUCUAGGAAGUUAGAGGUGCUGGGAGCCAGUGCAUCACAUAAGCUAUCCAAGAAUUUCUGCGUUACAGGUAUCAGCUGUGCAGGGUUUAAAGUCACAUUAGUCUGCACAGAGCCUCCCUUAAACGUGCAGGUCACUCUUUUAGAUAUUCUGAAAUAACAGAGAGAUCUUAACUUUUUCAUUUAGCUUUUGCUGCAAGGACAAGUCUCCAGGAAAGCAAAAGCUGGAUGUGACUGAAUUUGAGACUGAAUAAUAACAAAGGCAGACAACUCCUCAAGCAGGUACUUCCAGCUUCCCAUUUGUAGGAAUGUGCUAUAAACAGCCACUGGUAUGAAGAGGCCUUUGUCUUUGUGUGUGUGUGUGUAGAUUUGCUUAUUAUUAAUAUUGUAUUAAUUUUAGAUUGAUUCAUAACAGAAAUGUCAUUCGGCAAUAUAGCCACACAAGUAAUUGUCACAGCAGAGCUUAAGGGGUAGUAAACCUCAGCAUGGAGGCAGGGGAGCUGGUGUGAGUGACAUGCAGAGGAAGAAGCAGGUGAGAACAUGUAAAACCAGCUUUUCUUAGAAGGAAAAUACACCGUGUUUACAGCUUUGUAAUUUAGGGCUCAAAACUACAAAUGCAUGUUUAUUUUUGAGAAUGGGAGGAGUUCAUCCACCUUUUUCCAUACAGACCAACCCAAACUGCAUAAAAAACCCUGCACCAAUCUCCACCUAAUUCAAACGCUGUGAAAAACCGGGAAAUUUAAGCAGAGGAUGAAAAAUAUCCAUACAUUUUAUUUCUGGAAUGAUUGCAGUCAGAACUGCAGGUUCAAUAAAGUGAGCAUCUGAGAACGGC